AUGGAUGGGGACGAGGAAGAGAGCUCGGAUGGGGAGAUGGAACCGGAGUAUUCUGGUUUGGAGCAGCCUCCUCUCACACGCAUGUUAAAGAACAUCCUGUCUGAGUAUCCUGAUGAUGGUCAGAUAUUUAAGGGUCCAGCUUUAUUCUUCCACAACAAUGCUGUAUUCUCUGAGGAUGACUGGAGGGGGAUAAAGAUGUUGUACAGCAGUGUGAAGGAGUUAGAUCCGUUAAAGGUCGGACGAUUCGGACUCGGCUUCAAAUCUGUUUUCCAUAUAACAGAUUACCCAAUGAUCGUGUCUGGUAAGAAGCUUCUUGUUAUAAAUCCUUACACGACCUACUCAGACAAGGUUUGCACGAGCUUCCACUUAGACAGGUUGGCUAAAUACAAAGGAAUGGACAUAAAAGCCUUCAAAGAUGCGUUCGAUGAUGUUUUGGGGUUUGGAGAGGAGACUUUGGCAAGUGGAGAGUACAAGGGUACUCUGUUUAGGUUUCCUCUGCGUCAAAUUGGCACAGAAUUGUCUGGAAAUUUAUAUAACGAGGAGAAAAUUGAGAAUCUGUUUGAUUCCUUUACAACAGAAGCACAUAUUAUUCUCCUGUUCCUGAAAAACCUGGAGGAAAUGACUUUAUACAGACGAAAGAAUGGUGUGGAGCCAAGAUACAGGGUAAUGAUCCAAGAUCUAGGAUCAGAAACUUCGCUAGAGAAGCGACGGGAAUUCUGCAAGGCAUUGCAAAAGUAUACAACAAGUAGCAUGUCGAGUGAUUUGAUAUGCAGUCUCCAUGUGAAUAUAAGCGUGGAAUCACAUGAUCAGUAUGGUGCGACAACGCGUGAUGACAAGUCAUGGUUCAUUGUCAAUGCCGUGCUAGGACACGACAACAUGUCCCCACAAUUACGCUCACUUUCCCAGGAUAAAGACUUGUCAUACAGUCCCUAUGUAGGGGUCGCAAUACCAGAUAAGGACACUGAGGAUUUCAAAGGACACGUCUUCUGCUUUCUUCCUCUUCCAUUGGAGGAGCGAAGUCUGACAGGAUUCCCUGUUCACGUGAACGGAUUCUUUGCUUUGAGCCAGAAUAGACGCCAUGUGAAGUGGCCAUCAGCUGAUUUGAAGCAAUCGGCCAUCACUGCUGACAAAAUCUCUCCAGUGGAACCAGGCUCUAAUCAAGGAGGCCUUAUCCCAGGUCUACCUGAAUAUGGUACAGCAGCUGAUAACUAA